AGCACGUAUUUUAUGAAGAAAAAACUAGAUUUCCCGAAAAAUUACACGGUCAUUUGAAUGUCGGUUGUUCAUUUGUAUUGUCCUUAUAUUCGUCUUAUUUUAUCGCAUAAUCAACAAUAAAAAUGGAUGAAUGCGGUUUUACAGUCGUUGAAAACAUUGGAACUGGAACAUUUGGUACUGUGUACAAGUGUAUGGAUCAAAACAAUGAUAUGCGGUGCAUCAAACAGAUCAAAUUAAACAAUGCAUCUGAUGAUGCGGCAAGUAAACACCUUGGCAUGAUUCAGCGCGAAAUAUAUCUGCUACAAAAUCUGGCCCAUCCACGAAUCAUCAGUAUGUAUGGAUACUUCUGUUCUGAAACUGACGACGAAUAUGUUUAUAUUGUCAUGGAAUAUGCAGCAUUCGGUUCAUUGUCCAAAAUUAUUGCGGAAAAUUGUGCUCAACAUUUAUUUUUUGAUGAACAAAAAAUUAAACAAUUUCUGAUUGACAUGGUGCUUGGUAUCGAAUAUUUACAUAUGAAAAACGUAGUACAUAAGGACCUCAAACCGUGCAACAUUUUAAUAUUUGACAACGAGCAUUUAAAAAUCGCCGACUUUGGUAUUUCGAAAAUAACUGACAACAGCUGUGACAACAUCUUCAUAUGCAAUAAAAUUAAGGAAGCAGGUGGCUCACCAAUUUAUAUGGCACCAGAAACAUUGAUUCACAAUCAAUAUACUUUUUCUUCAGACAUUUGGGCACUGGGUUGCAUUUUAUAUGAACUCUGCACAUUACAGCCAGCUUUCGGAUUCGUUGAGUCUAUGGACCAAUUGAUUCGAUGCACAUUGACCAAAGCAUACACACCGAUCAAUCCACAUAUACAUCCAUGCAACAAAGAUAUGGUUGACUUGGUUGAAAAAAUGAUGAUUGUAGAUGUACAGGAACGGGCAACAGUGAAGGACGUCAUCAGCAGUCCAGCUAUCAUUGUCGAUUAUUAUCACAGUUACUUUCAAUUUGACUCAUGAUCUUAUAUCUUCCGAUGAACUGACUGUCAAUGACUGAAGAAAGCCCAUGUAUUUUCAAGCGUUGCGCAGCUAACCAUUAAAAUUAUAUCUUUUCGCAUUUCUUUGUCGGAUGGAUUUAAUAACAUCACGCUUUAGUGGCAAAAUCAUUAAUUUAAUAUGUACCAAUUCAAAUUGUUGACAAAUUAUUAUUUAAUUGUAUUUUUAAUAUUAAGAAAAGGAACGAAUUUCGGUUGAUUGUGAAA